AUGUCAGAUGACAAAUUCGAGGUCAAGGAAAGCGACAUGGAGGAGGCUGAACAAGCAGUGGUCAUCGGUGUAGUACGAGAAGCCCAACGAUUGUAUAAUAUUGAUAAGGAUGUAGCUGCAUACAUAAAGGAGGAACUCGACAAGCAACUGGGAGCAACAUGGCAUACAAUAUGUGGAAAAUGUUUCGGUUCUAGGGUUUCGUACGAGAUGGGACAUUUCUUACUCCUCAAAUGUAAUAAGAGAACUACUAUUAACGAGCAGCGAUUCCUAUAA